AUGAGAAACGGGGCGGGAGAGUUUUGGUCGGACUUUGUGUGGGGUGUCGGGCCCCUUUGGACGAAUCUCAAGUGGAUGCUUUUUACAACCUUGGCAGCAGAAUUCAUCCUUGGAAAGGCCAUAGGAGACUUCGUUGCCGUGUGGAAUUUACAGCAGGAGAUGGAACAAUAUGUCAUCGAAUAUACUGUUGAAUGGGGCCUUGGCCAUGGAUUCUUCGCACUUAUGGGAGUUCUGAGGCUCUCGCCCUCGAACAAACCAAGCACAAAACAAAACAAUUAUUCCCUCCUCCUAGUACACGAAGGAUCUGGAACUAGAGAAAAAUAG